AUGGGAUCUCCAGCUAAAGGACUAGAAUCUCUGCCACCACCUCCACCUGUUAUCCCUUCAGAUAUUGUGCCCCUGCAAGUUCCUGAAGCAUCAAAGAAAGUAAAAGCUCCACAACGUCUCCCAAUGGCAAGGCCUGGUGUUGGAAAAGCAGGGAAGGAGAUUGAUCUUUUGGCCAAUCACUUCAAAGUUUAUGUCUCAAAGACAAAUGACGACUACUUCCACUACAAUGUUGCUCUAUUUUAUGAAGAUGGUCAUCCUGUUGAUGGGAAAGAUAUCGGAAGAAGAGUUAUCGACAAAGUUCAGGCCACCUAUGCAUCUGAUCUUGGGGGUAAACGUUUUGCGUAUGAUGGGGAGAAGAGCUUGUUUACUAUUGGUUCUCUGCCAAGUAUCAAGUUUGAGUUCACAGUUGUAAUGGAAGAUACCUCCUUGAAUAGAAUUGGAGGCCAUGACCAUGAUGGAAGUCCAGAAGCAAGUGACCGGAAGCGAAUGAAGCGUCCAUACCGGUCGAAAACAAUCAAGGCUGAGAUUAGUUUUGCUGCAAAAAUCCCUGUACAAUCUAUUGCGAAUGUGCUAAGAGGUCAGCAGUCAGAACAUUUUCAAGAAGCUGUGAGAGUUCUUGACAUCAUACUGAGGCAGAAUGCAGCAAAUCAGGGUUGUCUCCUUGUCCGGCAGUCAUUUUUCCACAACAAUCCUGGGAAUUUCGUCGACUUGGGGGGUGGGGUUUUGGGAUGCAGAGGUUUCCAUUCGAGUAUCCGUGCCACACAGCGAGGUCUAACUUUGAACAUGGAUGUGUCCACUACAAUGAUAGUGAAGCCAGGACCAGUGGUGGACUUUCUCUUGACGAACCAGAAUGUUAAAGAUCCUCAUCAGGUUGACUGGAACAAGGCUAAGAGAAUGCUGAAAAAUCUGAGGAUAAAGACCAAUCACUCUAACAUCGAGUACAAAAUCACCGGAUUAAGUGACUUACCGUGCGGACAGCAAACGUUUGAUUUGAAACAAAAGGGUGGAGGGCAAGAGGGCAAUGAAGUUCAAUCUGUUGAGAUAACAGUCUUUGAUUACUUCGUGAAUCAUCGUGGAAUCAGUUUGCAUUAUUCAGCUGAAUUUCCUUGCAUCAACGUUGGGAAACCGAAGCGUCCAUCAUACUUGCCUCUUGAGCUUUGCACAUUGGUUUCGUUACAGCGCUAUACAAAGGCAUUGACUAAUCAGCAAAGGGCUACACUUGUGGAGAAAUCAAGGCAAAAACCCACAGAACGCAUGGACAUUUUGCGCGAUGCACUGAGGACUAACAACUAUAAUGCUGAUCCACUUCUUCGUUCGUUUGCAAUUUCAAUCGAUAAUCAAUUUACUGAGGUUAGAGGUCGUGUUCUGCCAACCCCUAGCUUAAAAGUGGGAAAUAACAAGGACUUCUAUCCUAGAAAUGGUCGAUGGAACUUCAACGACAAGAAACUAGUGAAUCCAGUGACUAUUCAAACUUGGGCUAUUGUAAACUUCUCUGCUCGCUAUGAUAGGCGCAACCUGUGCAAUACUCUACUCAGAUGUGCAGAAAUGAAAGGAAUUAACUUAAACAGUACAUUUGAGGUUUUCGAAGAGAUUUGUCAAGUUAGCCGAGAGCCAGCUUCAUAUCGAGUAGAUAAAAUGAUUGAAAUGGCUAAGUCGAAACUUCUUGCACCGCCACAGCUUCUUUUGUGUAUUCUUCCUGAAAGAAAGAACUCCGAAAUAUAUGGUCCAUGGAAGAGGAAAUGUCUUGUGGAGCUUGGAGUUCCAACACAAUGCAUUGCACCAAUAAAAAUCAAUGACCAGUACAUUACAAAUGUCCUCUUGAAAAUUAAUGCCAAGCUUGGAGGAAUGAAUUCCUCAUUAAAAAUGGAGAAUUCUACUUUUUUUCCUUUGGUUCCUAAGAUUCCCACCAUGAUUCUGGGAAUGGAUGUGUCACACGGCUCUCCAGGCCGCUCAGAUGUACCAUCUAUUGCUGCGGUGGUUAGUUCCAGAAAUUGGCCAUCAGUUUCUCAUUACCGAGCUUCAGUUCGUACUCAAUCACCAAAAGCUGAGAUGAUUGCUAAUCUUUUCAAUCCUGUAUCUGAUACAAAAGACAAUGGUAUCAUAAGCGAAUUGCUAGAUGAUUUUUAUAAUUCUUCAGGGAAGAAACCGGAUCAGAUCAUUAUUUUCAGGGAUGGAGUAAGCGAAUCGCAGUUCAAUCAGGUCUUAAAUAUGGAACUGCAGCAGAUUAUUGAGGCCUGCAAGUUCAAGGAUGUGAACUGGUCUCCGAGGUUCAUGGUGAUUAUAGCACAAAAAAAUCACCAUACAAAGUUCUUCCAACGAAAUUCACCACAGAACGUUCCACCUGGUACCGUCGUUGACAACAGUAUUUGUCAUCCAAGGAACUAUGACUUCUACCUGUGUGCUCAUGCUGGGAUGAUUGGCACGACUCGACCGGUACAUUAUCAUGUUCUACAUGAUGAACUUGGUUUUUCAGCAGAUGAAUUGCAGGAGCUUGUGCAUUCUCUGUCAUAUGUGUACCAAAGAAGCACCACUGCCGUUUCACUAGUUGCUCCAGUAUGCUACGCCCACUUGGCGGCGGCUCAGAUGGGACAAUUUAUGAAGUUUGAUGAAAUGUCUGAGACAUCAUCUUGUCACAAUGGUGUCACAAGUGCUGCUGCUGUUCCAGUGCCUGAAAUGCCUAGACUGCAUAAAUAUGUCCAUAAUUCCAUGUUUUUCUGUUAAAAAAUUACUGUUCAAUGUUCUGUUAAACAAGCUUUU